AUGGCGACAAUCAAUCGUCUACCCAAAGAUACAGAGAGGAGGAUUGCCUCUGGCCAAGCUCAAAGCAGCAUUCAAGCAGUCAUCAAAGAGCUCAUUGAGAAUGCCCUGGAUGCUGGUGCUCGUUCAAUCAAUAUCAAGCUAGAAAGGAACGGUUUGGACUCGAUAGUCGUAAAAGAUGACGGAACAGGAAUCCCUGUUGCAUUCUUCCUUGAUUCCAUGAUAGGACAACGUCAUUGUACCUCAAAGAUCACCACCUUUGAAGACUUGAACACGCUUGAAACUUUUGGCUUUCGUGGUGAAGCUCUGAACUCGAUCUGUAAUGUGUCAGAGAGUGUUAUGAUCGCUACUAAGGUCGAACAAGAGGGUGAAGGAGCUGGCAGAGUAUAUGAAUUCGACAAGAAGGGACACAUCACCAGCACUCAACGAAUGGCCAUGGAUCGUGGUACUUCAGUGACUGUACGACGUGUCUUCAACAGGAUCCCAGUCCGACGUAAAAAUGCAGCCUCAAAUCAGCAAAAGACUGCUACUCAAGUAUCAGAAAUGGUCAAGCUCUAUGCCAUACUCGUACCACAGUUGCGCAUCGUACUCAAGUUUGUCGAUUCAGCUGCGAGUAUCAAGAAGGACUCUGAGAUGAACAAACCAGCAGCCGGAACGCACUUGGAAGCCAUCGCCCAAACAUUUGGUCGAGCAAUCUCUUCUCAGCUUAUAGAACUUGAAGAAUCCCUUGAGAUACAUCCUGAUGAUGCUGGUGAAAGUCAAGAACACGUCGAAUCCAAUGCUCAACAAGCUAUUGAGAUUCGAGCAGUGCUUCCAAAAGUUGGUGCUGAUCCCACCAUUGCAGCAAGGUCAAAUGCUGAUCGUGUCUUCAUGAAUGUCAAUGGUCGUCCUGUCAAUCCGUCUAAUAAGACCUUGAAAGAUAUGAUUGUUCGAGCACGUGACACCUACUUUUCUUCAAUGGAACCCAUCAAUGGACGUCGCCAUCCUUUUCUCUUUGUUCAUAUUCAAGUACCAACAAACUCUAUUGAUGUAAAUUUGGAACCAGACAAGUCUCUAGUCAUGCUACACAACCCUAAUGUUAUACUCAGUUGUUUCCAAAGACUCUUGAAAAGAGCAUAUCCUCCAGAGUCUGAGAAUCAACAGGUUCCUCAGACUCUCAGGACGCCUGUAUCGAAUUUGAAGAAAUCACGGCCCUCACAAAAUCGACAGAAAACGAGCCAGAAUAGUCCAACAAAACCUAGAGUCUUGUUGGGUCUUAUAAAUGGGCAACUCACUUUAAUGACAUCCAUGACUGACGAGUCUCCUGGGUUAUUACGCAUGGGUCGUGACGUACCAGAAACUCGCGUCGUAGGAGAUGACGACGACGAUGAUGACGACGAUGACGACGAAAUCGAUGAAGAAUCAGGACAGCUUAUGCAGUCCAAACGUAAAAGACGUCGUAUAAUGCUGGAAGGUGAUGACAUGGAUUUGUAUAUUGAUGAAACUCUCAAAGAUCAGGCUACUACAGUCGAUAGUGUUGUGUAUAGCUCAAAUGUGACUCUCGACUCGUGGUUGGAGAAGAAACGUCAGCCUCAUACUACUCCUCAACCAGAGUCUGAGUGUGACGAAUCAGCAGUAGUACAUCAACAACCCGUAUUAUAUCCUUUAUUCCCUACAUCCACUCCCAAACGAAAACCAGCCAACAAAGCACCACAAGUCACUCCUCCCGCAAAUCUGGCUGAACCAAAACAAGUGGUUACUCAAAAGAGACCACCGAUCAUGGAAAGCAGUCAACGUCAACUGAAAUUGAGUGAAUUGCUCGCACCACGACUACCAUUCAAGUCAAAGGGCAGAGAACCUGUCCGAGACUUUGCACAACCUACUAGUAUAAGUGGUAGUACUGGUAGUAGUGGGUUAACACCAGUGUCCUCGUCUGGUUCACAAUCACCUUUGCCCGUAUAUUCUACAAGAGACGAGGACAUGGUUGUGUCUAUUAAGUUGAGUAAUUUGGCUGAACGUUAUGCACUCAUGGUACAAGAUCGAUUGCCUGCUCCUGAAAGUUCUGUUGAUGAUGAAGAUGAUGAAAAGGCGGCACUUGAUUCGAGGAUUCUGAUCAUUGGUCCUAUCUCUGGAAGUUCUGGUUCUGGUGUCUUUGAUGCUGAGAACUCACCAGUAUGGACUAUCACUGUCGAUGGCAAAGUGGUCGUUGUGAACUUGCGAAGGAUGAUUGAAGUCUUGCUGUUUCGAGAGUUGCUUUCAAGUGGUGAAUUACCACUGAAAACUCUUCCAUAUGCAACUCUGUUGCGACCGCAGUCUGUCGGAGGUAACAAAGGAUUGAAUUUUCUUCAAAGAGUCACCAGUGAAGAAGUCUUGGUUCCAGCUCUACCAGGAAUUGACAAGCGACGUGUUUCUGAUCCACGUUUACUUGCAAAUGGAUUCGAGCUCUACAUUUCUUUUGAUACCAAGAAUCCAAAGAAUGAAGCUACAGUAGAAGUCACUUCACAAACCGACGCAAUCACUUCCUAUGGACUUGGAGAUCUCAAGGAGCUGAUGGCAUCGCUUUAUUCUCGACCUAUUCCAGCUACUCUAGAACUUGCUUCUACACGUCCGCCACGAGUCAUUGAGUACUUUGUUGCUCAAGCUACAAGUAUUGCUCGUGACAAAGUCAAGGAUAUAUCGGAUGUGGAGUGGUGUGAUGCUACUGAUGAUGAGAAGGAAGAGAUCAGGUCUCUAGUUCUCGGAUAUGUGACUGAUUUCUUUGCCUCUUGUGAAGACGGUGUCUCGGAUGUUCCUGCAGGCUCAGAAUGGUUGUGUCCGCAAGCUCCAGGUCCAAUGGCUGUAGUUGGUGCUGAGGUGUUGAAUAAGCUCCUGGCGGAUAUACGGAGCAAGAAUGAAGAUGUACGAGCCAGAGGAGCUACAGAUCUACGUGAUUACGUGGUCAGCGUGUCGCGAGAAGUGUCUGGAGAGACUUUCUCGAAAUUCAUGAAUGAUGUCAAUCGAAGAAUAUUCGAAUUGAUACAGAGUAAUGACGUGUAUGACAAGAUUGGUGGAAUACUCGCUAUCGACAAGCUGAUUGAUUUCGAUGGUGAAGACAAUACUACAAAGAUAACACGGUUUGCGAACUAUUUGAGGCUGGUAUUACCAGGAACUGAUCCUCAGAUAGCGGUGUUGGCUGCCAAAGCUUUGGGUCGUCUGGCACAACCUGGUGGAAAUCUGACUGCAGAGUUUGUCGAGUUUGAAGUCAAGAGAGCUUUAGAGUGGUUACAGGGUGAUCGCAGUGAAGCCAGAAGAUAUGCUGCAGUCCUAGUAUUGCGAGAACUCGCAGCCAACGCACCCAUCUUCAUCUAUUCAUACGUUCCCCAAAUACUGGACUUGAUAUGGGUUGCAUUACGAGACUCCAAAGUAGUCAUUCGAGAAGGUGCUGCUGAAACAUUAAGUGCUACACUCGAUCUAGUUAAUCAACGAGAAUCACAUUCACGCCGACAAUGGUAUCGCAAAAUCUUUGAUGAAGCUCAGAAAGGUUUCAAGAUGAAUACCGCUGAUGCGAUUCAUGGGUCUUUGUUGACCCUACGUGUGUUGUUGUUUCCAGCUGCAACUCAAUUCAUGGAUGGACGAUACAGAGAAAUCUGUGAUUUGAUACUGAAAUAUAAAGACCACCGCGACGUCCUCAUUCGUAAAACCGUCAUCCUGAGUAUCCCAGCAUUGGCAACAUUUGAAACCGAGACCUUUGUUACAAACUAUUUGAAUCCAUCCAUGAAUCAUCUACUUGGUCAAUUAAAGAAAGAAAAGGAUCGAUCUGGAGCAUUUAUAGCUGUAGGCAAAGUAGCUAUUGCAGUUGGAAGUCAUGUUGGACCAUAUUUGGAUUCGAUUUUGCAGACCAUCAAGGAAGGAUUGUCUAUUAAAGGCAAAAACCGUGGUCCUACAGAUGCACCAAUAUUCCAAUGUAUCAGUAUGCUGGCCACAGCAGUUGGUCCUGCAUUGACACGAUACAUUCAUGAGUUACUGGAUUUGAUGUUUGCUGCUGGUCUGACAGAGCCGUUGAGACAAGCUUUAGCUGAUUUGGCAAAUCAUAUUCAACCACUGUUACCGAAUAUUCAAGAACGUCUGCUUAAUAUGUUGUCACUGAUAUUAUGUGGUCAACCUUAUCGACAUCCUGGUGCACCACCUCGUAUGAAUGGGAUCAUUCAUACUAGAGAUCUCUUGAUAUUGGAAGGCAGGGACCAAGAAACUAUUAUUUUGGCGUUGACCACGUUGGGUAGCUUUGAUUUCACAGGUCACAUUUUAAAUGAAAUGGUUCGUGAUUGUGCCGCUCCAUAUCUGGAAGAUGAUGAUGCAGAAGUUCGGAAAGCUGCUGCUGUUACAUGUUGUCAACUCUUGGCUCGUGAUGGAUUGUAUGGAUCGAGCACGUAUGCUAUGCAGAUUGUGGGCGAAGUUUUGGAGAAGCUGCUCACUGUGGGAAUAUCUGAUCAAGAUUCCACAAUCCGACAAAAAGUUUUAUCUUCACUGGACGAACGAUUUGAUAGUCAUUUGGCUCAAGCGGAAAAUGUCAGAUCCUUAUUUAUAGCUUUAAAUGACGAGAUCUUCCCCAUUCGAGAAACUGCGAUCACCAUCAUUGGUCGCUUAGCAAUGCACAACCCUGCAUAUGUUAUGCCAUCACUACGUAAAACCCUGAUUCAGUUAUUGACUGAACUAGAGUAUUCAGGCGUUAGUCGGCACAAGGAGGAGAGUGCUCGAUUACUGAGUCAUUUGAUUUCAUCAGCUCAAAGACUCAUCAAGCCAUACGUGGAACCUGUGCUCAAAGUGCUGAUAUCCAAAGUAAAAGAUCCAAGUCCCGGUGUUGGAUCCAAAGUUUUAGAAGCUAUUGGAGAAUUAGCCCAAGUUGGCUGUGAAGACUUGUUGCCAUACUUGGAUGAUCUGAUGCCAAUGAUAAUAGAGACAUUGCAAGAUCAGAGUAGCUCUACGAAACGAGAAGCAGCUUUAAGGACACUGGGUCAAUUGUCUAGUAAUACAGGAUGGGUUAUAGAACCGUAUCUUAAGUAUCCUAAUUUGCUCAAUUUGCUCAUCAACAUAUUGAAGACGGAGCAAUCGCCUGCUAUUCGUCGGGAGACAGUGAAAGUAAUGGGCAUCUUGGGUGCGCUGGACCCAAAGCACAAGAUGGUGUCCCGAACAUCCGACGACACCAUGACUGGUGGCAUAAAUUCAGAGGCAGUCGCUGUGCCAACUGGUAUAGCAGAAGACUAUUAUCCAACAGUCGCCAUUAAUUCGCUGAUGCGAAUACUUCGAGAUCCAUCCCUGAGUCCACAUCAUACCGCUGUCAUUCAAGCCGUCAUGUAUAUUUUCAAGACAUUAGGUUUGAAAUGUGUGCCCUUUUUACCACAGAUUUUACCUCCCUUUUUGAGCGUUAUGGGACAUGUGCAAAACAUGUUAGAAUUCCACUUCCAGCAAUUGAGUUUGCUGGUAUCCAUUGUCAAACAACACAUUCGAAACUAUCUACCAGAAAUCUUUGCCCUCAUCCACGAAUACUGGAAUCCCAAUGCCUCGAUUCAAAUCACCAUAUUGUCACUAGUAGAAGCCGUAGCAGUUGCCCUCGAUGGAGAGUUUAAAGUGCAUCUUCCAACACUGCUACCACAAAUGUUGCAGAUAUUCGAAACCGAUAAUUCUGAAAGAAGGCUUCCAACCCAAAAAGUCUUACAUGCCAUGAUUAUAUUUGGAUCCAACUUGGAAGAAUACCUCCAUUUAGUGAUACCCGUUAUAGUCAAGUUGUUUGAACGGCAAGAUGUGCCGGUGCAUCUUCGUCGAAGUGCAAUGCAAACCAUUGCUCAGCUAUGUAAAAAAAUCAAUUUUGCUGAUCAAGCAUCACGAAUUACUCAUCCACUAGUACGGGUAUUGGCUACUGGUCCACCAGAGCUAAAAGUGGCGGCUAUGGAUACUUUGUCUGUAUUGCUGUAUCAGCUGUCAUCGGAUUUUGCGAUUUUUGUACCCAUGAUUAACAAGGCAAUGUCGAAACAUCACAUUCAACAUGCUCGUUAUGAAAUGCUCGUCACUAAACUGUUGAAGAAUGAGCAUGUCCAGAUUGAAAUGAACGCAGAAGUAGAUGAUCGUGGAUUUUCGGAUAUGCCGGCUGAAGAAACUCAGGCCGAAACAUCAUCGAAGAAACUGCCAGUUAAUCAGCAGAAUCUCAAAAAGGCAUGGGAAGCCUCGCAACGAUCCACAAAGGACGAUUGGGCAGAAUGGAUCCGUCGAUUUAGUGUUGAAUUACUCAAGGAGUCUCCGUCACAUGCCCUUCGAGCUUGUGCCAGUUUAGCUGCCAGCUAUCCGCCAUUGGCUCGAGAAUUAUUCAAUGCUGGAUUUGUAUCUUGCUGGAGCGAGCUCUAUGAUCAAUUCCAAGACGAGCUCGUUAGGUCGUUAGAAACUGCCCUGACGUCUCCCAAUAUACCUCCAGAAAUACUGCAAACCCUUUUAAAUCUUGCCGAAUUCAUGGAACAUGAUGAUAAGGCUCUGCCAAUAGAUAUCCGUACUCUGGGCAAGUAUGCUGCUAAAUGCCAUGCCUUUGCCAAGGCUUUGCAUUACAAGGAACUCGAGUUUAUAUCCGAACCGACACCUGGUACUAUCGAAAAUCUAAUUAGUAUAAAUAAUCAACUGCAGCAGCCGGAUUCUGCUGUUGGUAUAUUAACGUAUGCUCAGCAAAACCACGAAGUAGAACUUAAGGAAUCAUGGUAUGAAAAGCUGCAACGAUGGGAAGAUGCUUUAGCAGCAUAUGAACGUAAACAACAAGAAGAUCCAUUAUCUGUUGAAGCGACUCUAGGUCGAAUGAGAUGCCUGUAUUCGUUGGGUGAAUGGGAAGCAUUAUCACAGCUUGCUCAUGAGCGAUGGCCAACGGCUAGAGAUGAUGUAAAAUCUGCCAUCUCCUCAUUGGCUAGUGGUGCAGCUUGGGCAUUAGGUGAAUGGGAUGUCAUGGAAGAGUAUAUUGAUGCUAUGAAACAAGAUUCGCCUGAUAGUGCCUUCUUCAGAGCUAUUUUGGCACUACAUCGUAACUUUUAUCCUCAGUCUGCUCAGUAUAUUGACAAGACACGAGACUUGUUGGAUACUGAAUUGAUGGCAUUGGUCGGAGAGAGUUACAAUCGUGCAUACAAUGUUGUGGUUCGAAUUCAAAUGCUUGCAGAGCUUGAAGAAAUUAUACAGUACAAGCAAGUAUACGAUCAGCCAGAAAGACAGGCUCUCAUUAGAAAGACUUGGAUGAAGAGGUUAAAAGGUUGUCAAAGAAACAUUGAUGUGUGGCAACGCAUCCUCAAAGUUCGAGCCUUGGUAAUAUCUCCAAAUGAAGACAUGGAGAUGUGGAUCAAGUUUGCCAAUCUAUGUAGAAAAACUGGUCGCUUUAGUCUGUCGCAUCGCACCCUAGUUGCAUUGUUGAAUCCAGAAGCAACUGAUUUUACUCAACAAUUGGAUACUGUCAAUAAUGCUCCACAAGUAGUUUAUGCUUGCUUGAAGCAUAUGUGGGCCACCGUGUCGAAAGACCACGUAUUCACGCAACUCAAGCAAUUCACAGUCAGUUUGGUACAACGGCAAGGAUUGGCAUCGCAUGAUGUCAGUGUAGUAGCUGUUGCCAAUGAUCCCAAUCGUCUCGCUCAAAUGAGACUGUUGGCACGAUGUUAUAACAAGUUGGGUGAAUGGCAGCUCUCUUUGCAAGAAGAGAUGACUGAUGACAACAUUCCAGAAAUCCUAAGAUCGUAUCGUGCUGCUACGCAAUGUGAUAAGGAUUGGUACAAAGCCUGGCACGCAUGGGCAUUAGCCAAUUUCGAAGUCUUGUCUCAUUAUGAACGGUCGAAUGAGACAAUACCACCGGAGCAAUUAGUGGCUCAUGCUGUACCAUCUGUGCAAGGCUUCUUCCGAUCCAUUGCCUUGUCGAAAGGCAACUCUUUGCAAGAUACUUUGCGUCUGCUGACGUUGUGGUUCAAGUAUGGAUACCAACCUGAUGUCAACAAAGCUAUUGGCGAAGGGUUCAAUAAUGUUAGCGUUGAUACAUGGUUGCAAGUAAUACCUCAGCUCAUUGCAAGAAUUCAUACCCCGAGUCCUCAUGUAAGACAAUUGAUUCAUCAGCUCUUAUCUGAUGUUGGUAAAGAGCAUCCUCAGGCUUUGGUAUACUCUUUGACUGUUGCAUCGAAAUCUACGAGUUCAUUCCGUCGAGAUGCUGCCAUAGCUAUCAUGGAUCAGAUGAGAACUCAUAGUGCUAUGCUUGUUGAACAAGCCUUGCUUGUGAGUCAAGAACUCAUUAGAGUUGCCAUUUUAUGGCAUGAAAUGUGGCACGAAGGAUUGGAAGAAGCUUCUCGCUUAUACUUCCAAGAUCAUAACGUUGAUGGAAUGUUUGCUACUUUGGCACCACUGCAUCAGAUGAUGGAACGAGGACCUGAAACUUUGCGUGAAGUGUCAUUUAAUCAAUCAUUUGGUCGAGACUUGCAAGAAGCUCUGGAUUGGUGUCGGCGGUAUAGGCGAACCUUGCACAUAAAUGAUCUCAAUCAAGCCUGGGACUUGUAUUACACGGUGUUCAGGCGCAUCAACAAACAAUUACCUCAACUCACGACAUUAGAGCUGCAAUAUGUGUCUCCUGCACUAUUGGAAGCCCGAGAUUUGGAGCUUGCCAUACCAGGAACAUAUCACAGUGGCGAGCCUGUCAUCAAGAUUAGGUCAUUCGUAGCUACAUUGACUGUCAUCACUUCAAAACAGAGGCCUAGAAGAUUGACCAUCAAGGGCAGUGAUGGAAAGGACUACCAAUACUUGCUGAAAGGACAUGAGGAUUUGAGACAAGAUGAACGUGUCAUGCAACUCUUUGGCCUAGUCAAUACGUUGCUGUCCACAGACCCCGAGACAUUCAAGCGUCAACUCAACAUUCAGAGAUACCCUGUCAUACCGCUCUCGCCUCAGUCAGGUCUCAUUGGUUGGGUACCUAAUUGUGAUACUCUACAUACUCUCAUCAGAGAUUAUCGUGAAAGUCGCAAGAUUCUGCUAAAUAUUGAGCAUCGUUUGAUGUUACAGAUGGCUCCUGAUUACGACAAUUUGACCUUGUUGCAAAAAGUCGAAGUCUUUGAAUAUGCGCUAGAAAAUACUACUGGUCAAGAUCUGUACAAAGUGUUGUGGCUGAAGAGCAAGAACUCUGAGGUAUGGCUGGAUAGACGAACCAACUAUACCCGUUCCCUUGCUGUCAUGUCUAUGGUGGGCUAUAUCUUGGGUCUUGGUGACAGACAUCCUUCCAAUCUGAUGUUGGACAAGUUCACUGGAAAAGUGUGCCACAUUGACUUUGGUGAUUGUUUCGAAGUAGCCAUGCAUCGAGAAAAGUUCCCUGAAAAGAUUCCCUUCCGAUUGACUCGAAUGCUCAUAAAUGCUAUGGAAGUCAGUGGAAUUGAAGGAAACUACCGAAUCACCUGUGAAAAUGUGAUGAGGGUCUUACGGGAAAAUAAGGACAGUUUGAUGGCUGUUCUUGAAGCCUUUGUUUAUGAUCCACUUAUUAAUUGGAGGUUGGCUAAUAAUUCUCGUAAUGAUGCACCUGAAAAUGAUCAUAUUCCAGCAGAGGGAGAACAAGCUCGACCUGAGGCAUUGAAUGCUCGAGCUUUGGCAGUCAUUACACGUGUCUCAAACAAACUCACUGGUCGUGAUUUCAAGGCCAACAACACGUUGGACGUACCAUCGCAGGUUCAACGUCUAAUCCUGCAAGCGACUUCGCUGGAGAAUCUAAGUCAGUUAUAUAUUGGAUGGUGUUCAUUCUGGUGA